AGUCCAAUGAACAAAGUCUUCAAAGUCCAGUUACAGCGAUAUUAAAAGGUCUAAUGUUAUUUAAUGAAAAUUGAUGGUUACAUGUACAUUUUGUUUUUACAGAUAAAGAUGCAAAACAAAACUGGAAAAAAUCGAUGGAUUGGUGCAAAACAUGGUCCCUGCCUACUUACUUAUACGGAAAUAUAUCAUUGAUCAACGCCUCCCUUGCAUGCCGAGCAUUGUUUAGAACAAGGAACGGCUCAUCAUGGCUUGGCAUUGCAAAGGAAGUUUAUAUUGGAUAUGAUAGAGGUGUAGUUCUUGACCCCGAACACAGACGAACCUUCCUGCAAUGUCAGAAAUGUAACCACACUGGUUGUGUAUUUGUCGAUUGUUUCAACAAAUUGAGUUAUGUUCUCUGCCAAAAGACCUCUAUUGUUGAAGCCAUCCCUGUUGAUUAUGCUACAAAUGGAAUUUCCGAUCUCACCAUUCCUGACGAUCCAGGAAACCUGAUUACUAUAAUUGCUACAAUUGUGUCGUUAUUGGUAUUCUUCGUUUUUGUUGGCUGUUUGGUAAUGGUCAUCACCAUAUUUAUCCGCAAGAAGCAAACAGGAAAUGAAGAUAGAAAUGAAGAUAGAGAGAACAAUAUUCAAAAGCUAAACUUCAGUGAAAAUUGUUAUGCUAAUUUGAAAGGCGCUCAUGCAAUGAUGGAAAAUUAUUCUGAACAGAGACUUUCAUCAAACGAUUUUACCAAAGAAGAAAAUCCUGAGCAAAAUUUAGAUAAACAAUAUAGGGAAACCUAUGAUGGCAUCUAUGAUCAUCUCGGGGAUAAGGAAACUAAACAAAACAAGAACGACGAUGUCUAUGAUCACGGCAAUUUUGCUGCCGAAUUAGAGGACGGGGUGUAUGAUAUUAGUACUAGUGGUAUAUCACAAAAUAAAUCUCAAGAUGAGGCUACUUAUGAUCAUACUGGGUCUUACUCAGAUUAUGGACAGCAUGGUGGACAAGUCGAGAAGAUGGAGGAUACUUACUCCAGGCUGCAUAUAAAGUCACGGAGCGGACACUAAGAAGAUACAAAUAAGUGUUAUUUUUUCAGUUAAGAAUGGACCUACGUCAUUUGACGUCAGGGCAUUAGCUUUUUUACUUGGACAUUUUUGUGCAAUUUAAGAAAGAAAUAAACAUAAUUAUCGUCCAUAUUUGAUUAAUAAAUAGUAAUAAUUUUCUCUCGUUGAUUGAUAACCUAAAAGAUCAUUAGCAAUCUCAUAUGGGAAUUUUUUUCUCAAAAAAUUAAAGCAGACAUCGUCUAAGGGAUCUAAAAAUUGGGUAUUAUUUAAAUGUCAAUUUCAAUUUUCAAUCACAGAUCUACGUUUAUCAAGGUGCAUUCAGAGU